CCCAAUAAUUCUUUUCGAGACAUCCUCAAGCGCAACUUUGACAAUCUUCGGACUUCUUUCAACAACCACAUUCUCCCCCUACUAACCCGUAGCCAAUACCGCCAAAAUGGGUCGCGUUCGCACAAAGACUGUCAAGAAGUCCGCCAAGGUCAUCAUUGAGCGGUACUACCCCAAGCUCACUCUCGACUUCGAGACCAACAAGCGCGUCUGCGACGAGAUCGCUAUCAUCGCCUCCAAGCGUCUGCGCAACAAGAUUGCCGGAUACACCACCCACUUGAUGAAGCGUAUUCAGCGAGGACCUGUCCGUGGUAUCUCCUUCAAACUGCAAGAAGAGGAGCGAGAACGCAAGGAUCAAUACGUGCCCGAAGUCUCCGCCCUUGACUUCGUCCAGAACACCGAGGCUGGCCAACUCGACAUCGAUGUUGAGACCAAGGACCUGCUGAAGCACCUUGGCUUCGACAACGUCCCCGUCAACGUCGUUCCCGUCACCCAGCAGCAGACCGCUGAGCGACCCCGCAGAUUCGGCGACCGUGCUCCCCGAUAAACGUUGCAAAUAUUAGCGAUUUCCUCACGUGAAAAGUGAAGGAGGGUUAUGAUGGUUGGUUUGGGCAACUGGUAUCGGUCUUAACAUGGCUUUACGGCGUCUCUACGGACGAUAGUAGGUACCAUUCUAGAUCCGCAAUUGACGAGAUCUUUCCCACACAAGGUGUCCCUGAUUCUCCAGUGCUCUCUCUGGGGAUGACGGUUGAUGGCCAAUUGUUAUUCCUUCUGCCCAUGCGUGACUUGUGCUUGACUUGGAUUUACAACUUGGAUUUACAACUUGGAUUUACAA